AUGGUGAAGGAAAAAAUGCAUGGCAGUGUAGCUAGUUUCUCAUAUGGAAGCACAGACAACACAUUCUUGUCAGUGACACUCUGCUUCAAGCCUGCUAUAGAAGGAUUCUUGGCUGGAUGUAGGAAAAUAAUUGGAUUGGAUGCUUUCCAUUUGUAUGGGAAGUAUGGUGGUGUUUUACUGGUUGCAACAGGUCUAGAUGGUCAGAAUGGUUUAGUACCUCUUGGUAUAAUGGUGUGUAGGAAUGAAACCAUUGAGAACUGGAAGAUUUUUCUCAAAGACUUGAAAGCUAUACUGGGUCAAGACUUGCAUUUCACCAUUAUAUCAGACAAGCAGAAGGGGAUUAGUGAAGCUUGUGACAAAUACUUCUGCUUGGAUGAGCACAGAUUAUGUUUCAGACAUUUGAUGAAGAAUUUCAAGAAGUAUUUCAAGUCAUACAGCUUACAUGUUCAUUUCUGGAAUGCUGCCAAAUGUUACAAGAAGAGACACUAUCAGCAAGACAUGGAUAAAUUAUUUGCUGAGGAUGAAAAAGCUGCACUGUAUCUCAUAGAUCAAAAACCUGAAAGCUGGUCUAGGUCUCAUUUCUCAAAUGACAGCAAGUGUGAGCACAUCAACAAUAAUUUCUCAGAGUCUUUCAACAACAUGGCCAAGCCCUUUAGAGAUAAGACAAUCAUUACACUUGCACAAAUGUAUAAUAAACUGGUGAUGGGUCUUUUCUUCAAGAGGAGGAAUGAAAGUGAAAACUGGCAGGAUGGUGAGAUAGUUCCAAAGGCAAUGAAGCUGAUUACAAAGAUGCAGGACUUAAAUCAUCUGUUUGAGUUAACUGGAGCUGUAAGGGGAAGGGUGUAUGAGGUCAGGAGUGUUCAUGAUGUUGUGUUUGUUGUGGAUCUUUCCAAAAAGAGUUGUAGUUGUUUGCAGUGGCAGCUGAGGGGAUUUCCCUGUCAACAUGCUAUAGUUGCUUUAACACCAUUGAGACCAAACUGGGUUGAAUACUGUGACCCUGUAUACAGUGUGGAAUACUACAAAAAGACAUAUGCUCCAGAGUUUGAACCACUGUCAGCUGAAAUUGACUGGUUCAUUAAUCCUCCUGUUAUCAUAAGAAAAACUGGAAGGCCAAGAAAGAAGAGGAUUCCUUCUUAUGAUGAAGCUGGAAGUGUGAAGAAAAUGAGAAAGUGUAAGAAGUGUGGAGUUUAUAGUCACUAUGCAAUAACUUGUGCUGGUGGAGAGGUUGGAAAGAAUCCAAAGGGAGAAAAACCUAGAACCUGUGUUGAUGGCUCAACAUCAUCUACUCAUGUCCCUGAACCACCAAAAAAGAAGUACAAUAGAAAUAAACCGGUUGUUAGUGCUUCUGUAGGUGCAUCUACUACUGCUAAGGAUGGAAUGAAGAACCAAAACAAUUCAGAAUCUUCUAAACAAGGUGCUGCAAAAGGGAGAAAGAGAAAGGCUUCUUCUCAACCUGCUUUCAAUCAGACUAAUCAACAUGUUGGAUCUGUCAACAACAAAGUCACCUUCACAGUUGCAGAUCCAAAGGGAAAGAAGAAACCAAAGAAGUACAUGAAAGUCCUAUGGGUUGGUUGUCUCUUUUGUUUUUGUUCUGUGACUAGAUCUGAACAAUAUGGUUGA